UUGACUGUCGCCACGUUUGAACGCUAGCAGCGAAGUUUAUGAGUUGUUGUACUGUAGCCCGAGUCAGACUUGUAGUUUGUUUAGGAGGGGGUCCAUUCCCCUUCAUGAUAACACGAACCGGUGUUUGUGUUCUGGAGACGGGAAAGAGUCAGAGACCCACGUAGAAGCAGCGCUCAGCUUGCCAUCUGCUGUUUGAUUCACUGGUAGCUCGGGGUUGUGUGUGUGUGUGUGUGUGUGUGGUGCUGGUCGUUGUGACCAGCGUUACAUGUGGAGCAUGUGCGCGUGCUGGUUUUAGUUUACACACAGUGUGACGUUGCACAGCUUCAGCGAGGUUUGGAUUUUCUUCCAGAAACAUGCGUCUACUUGGUGGAAGUCUACUCCCAUAGUUUAGAUCUCACCGUAGAUAGGGCUCUAACGGACGUUUUUAUUUUUUCGGGGGCGAUGGGGGGAGUAAACGUAACCACCUCAUUGGUUUCUGAAGCAGAAUGCCUAUAAGGCGUUUCGGGGGUCACAGGUCUCUGGUCGCAUACUCUCGAAUUUCAACGCCGUCGUACGAUUACAAGAAAAUGAACGUCUCAAAGAGUGGCUACCGGGUCUUUUCCGCCAACUCCUCCACCGCGUGCACCGAGCUGGCCAAGAAGAUCACAGAACGCUUGGGUGUGGAGUUGGGCAAGUCAUUGGUUUAUCAAGAGUCAAAUGGAGAGACUCGAGUGGACGUGAAAGAGUCCGUCCGUGGACAAGACAUCUUCAUCAUUCAGACCAUUCCCAGAGCUGUGAACUCGGCCAUCAUGGAGCUUCUGAUCAUGGCCUACGCCUUGAAGACGUCCUGUGCUAAGAACAUCAUCGGGGUCAUUCCCUACUUCCCUUACAGCAAGCAGUGCAAGAUGAGGAAGAGAGGAUCCAUUGUCUGCAAGCUGCUAGCAUCCAUGUUGGCUAAAGCCGGGCUAACUCACAUCAUCACCAUGGACCUCCAUCAGAAAGAAAUCCAGGGCUUCUUCAGCUUCCCUGUUGACAACCUGAGGGCUUCCCCCUUCCUCAUCCAGUACAUCAAGGAAGAGAUCCCGGACUACAGGAAUGCCAUCAUUGUUGCAAAGUCCCCUUCAGCUGCCAAGAGAGCCCAGUCCUACGCUGAGAGGCUGCGACUCGGGCUGGCAGUGAUGCACGGGGAGGCCCAUCAUUCAGAACUGGACAUGGUCGAUGGACGACAAUCUCCCCCGUUCCCUACCCGCACCACCCAAGGACACACCGGCCUUGAGCUGCCAUUAAUGAUGGCAAAGGAGAAGCCCCCAAUCACAGUCGUUGGAGACGUCGGCGGCAAGAUCGCCAUCAUUGUUGAUGACAUCAUCGAUAAUGUGGAGGACUUUGUUGCAGCAGCAGAAAUCCUGAAGGAGAGAGGAGCCGACAAGAUCUACAUCAUGGCGACACACGGCCUGCUGUCUGCAGAUGCGCCCAGAAUAAUAGAGGAGUCUGCCAUCGAUGAGGUGGUGGUGACCAACACUGUGCCUCACGAUGUGCAGAAGCUCCAGUGUCCGAAAAUCAAAACUGUGGACGUCAGUAUGAUCCUGGCGGAGGCCAUCCGGAGGAUCCACAACGGAGAGUCCAUGGCGUAUCUGUUCCGCAACAUUGCUGUCGACGACUGAGGCGACACACACACACACACACACACACACACACACACACACACACACCCAACAAUAAACCUGUUGGUCCUGCAUGUCAGGAGAUUGGCUAUAUUCCCUCCAUGGUAAAUAUGAAGCAACUCGGAUUCAGCUUUAUUCCACUGUUUAUGCAUAAUGGGACCAUACAAGCUGUUUCACUCGUACUGUAUCUGCUUCCUACCAUCUUAAAACCACACAUGGCACAACACGAUGUAUCAUGUGCAGCUUCUCAGUACGCUGCAGAAUUUGGCAAAUAAAACAAUUCAUAUUUGGUGAA